AUGCCCCCACAACAGCGACCUAUAAAGCGUUUACUGGUCGUCAACAGAGGCGAAAUAGUUAUACGCAUUCUCCAAGCUUGUCACGAACUCCCGUCACCACCGACCACAUUUGCGCUCUAUACAGAGACAGACUCGACGCAUAUAACACUUGGACGACCUGAUCAUGCCAUCAAGAUCUUGUCGCCAGCAGUAUACACCGACAUCAACAACAUCAUCAAGAUAGCCAAGGAGAAUCAGAUCGAUGCCAUCCAUCCAGGAUAUGGUUUCUUGUCGGAGAGUGCUGAGUUCAGCCAGCGUAUGUGGAACGAAGCUAAUGUGUUGGUUGUUGGGCCCGGUUGGGAAGUCCUAGAACGGACUGGCGACAAGCUGAAAGCGAAAGCUCUAGCUGAGGAAUGUGGCGUUCCUGUAUUGGAUGCCAUGAAGCAGCCGACAAACAAAGUCAAAGAGGUUGAAGCCUUUGCCGAACGUAUUGGGUACCCAAUCAUGAUCAAAGCUGUCGAUGGUGGUGGAGGUAGAGGUAUCAGACUGGUGGAACACAAACAGAGCCUGCAAAAUGCUGUCGACAGAUGCAUCAGUGAAUCUCCAAGUAGAACGGUCUUCGCGGAACAGGCAGCAAUCAAAGGAUUCAAGCAUAUCGAAGUUCAGAUUCUAGGUGACGGUGGAGGAGGCGUCAAGCAUCUUUGGGAACGAGAUUGUUCUGUCCAAAGAAGAUUUCAAAAAAUAGUCGAAGUUGCACCCACCCCGGUUAGCGAUCGAAGGACUGUCGCGCAGGUCGUUGAGAGUGCCAUGUCUAUGGCUAGCAAGCUGCAGUACCUUGGACUAGGUACGUUUGAGUACCUGGUCAACGUCGGUACCGGAGAGUUCUUCUUUCUCGAAAUCAAUCCUAGAGUACAGGUUGAACAUACUAUUUCGGAAUGCAUACGUGGGAUAGACUUGGUUAGAGAACAGCUUCUCAUUGCACAAGGACAAACGAAGAUGGACAAUCAACGCCUCGGGGAUAUCUCGCAAGCUGGAGAACAUCCGGGAGCGGCCUCAAUCCAAUUGAGAUUAUGCGCAGAAGAUCCUAGCUCAAACUUUGCACUCAGUAUUGGCAAAGUCGCCGACAUAGUGAUUCCGAGCGGCAACGGUGUUCGAGUGGACAGCCACUUAUCGAAAGGCGGCUCGAUAGGUUCCGAUUAUGACAACAUGAUGGCCAAGAUCAUCGUGACAGCCUCAACUUGGGAACAAACACUAGCCAAAGCGCAGAGAGCCUUAGCAGAAACGCGCGUGAAUGGAGUCAAGACGAACCUAGAUCUACUACGUGCCAUUGUAGCAGACAAGACGUUCCGCGACGGCAAUGCAGACACCACAUGGCUCGAGAACAAUAUGCCGUCUCUUAUUGCGCGAAGUCAACAAAUAGGCAGCAGGAUUGAAUCAGCUAGCGCAAGUCUCCCUGCCCUGCCCACUUCUGCAGUGCAAGCACAAGGUAUCGCAACUUCUGGUGUCUCUUUCCGAAAAGGUGAUGCCUGGACAUUACAUCUCGAGGGUGAUAACAGCUCAAAGGAAGCGCACCACCUCAGUAUAGAUCGGCUGGUUCGCAAUGACUUCCCUGAGGCAAUGGUUGCGGAUAUAUCGUUCACAGCACCUGGAGAAAAGCCGCUUGUUUUCAAAGCAACAAUUGCGAGCACCACUUCAUCGGCAGGCGCAACUGCCUCGACUCACAAACGAGGCGACAGCAACAACAAAGACCACGUAAUCGUUCCUAUGAGUGGUAAGCUGAUAGAAGUACUUGUAGGUGAGGGGGAUGAGGUCAAGGAAAACGAUAUCAUCGCUUUUGUGAAGCAGAUGAAGAUGGAGCUUGAGGUCCGUAGUCCUCGUUCAGGUAUUGUUGAUUGGGUAAUAGAGCUUGAGAACGAAGACGGCGAUGAUGUUGCUGAAGGGGUCCUUUUGGUACAGCUCAAGGCAUCUAAGCCGGCACUGCAGAGCAAGUUAUAG